AUGUAUAAAUUCAUGUUUUUCCCCGCAAUAACUAAAUCCAUAUGGGCAUUGCUGCUCGUUACCACCUCUGUCGUAGCAUACCCUAAUCUCCUCCUGAAUCUUUGUUGCAAACAAUUCAUAUGGGGGCGCGAUUGUACGCGCAUCCUGUUAGCAAGUGGAGCAAGAACUGAUAUACCAAACACUGUAGAUGGUGACACUCCCUGCUUGCACAUUGCAGCUAGUUUAGGUGAUGAACAAAUGGUGAAGCUGUUAAUAACAAAAGGUGCCAACAAAGACUUCCGCAACAAAGCUGGGAAAACUGCCUACGAUUUGGCAGCAGAAAAUGGUCAUUCGCGCCUUUUUGAAGCGCUAAAACUAGGAGACAGCUUCUGCGUCGCUGCAAGAAAAGGUGAGGUGAGGACAAUACAUAAACUGCUCGAGAGUGGCGCGGCUAUAAAUGGGCGAGACCAGCAUGGUUGGACUGCCCUACAUAGGGCGGCUUUCAAAGGUCAUGUAGACGCUGUGCGGGCAUUGCUAGAGAAGGGUAUUGAUGUCGAUGCCAAGGACGAGGAUGGAUACACUGCACUACAUUGUGCGGUAGAGUCCGGUCACGCGGACGUGAUCCAGUUGUUGGUGAAAAAAGGUGCUGAUGUUGAGGCGAGGACUAAUAAGCGAGCUACUGCAUUACAAAUCGCGGAGUCUUGCACGAUGUUGGGAUUGCGCGAGUACUAA